ACGCACAUAGAGGAGGAGGAGGAAAAAGGAGACCAUAGACUUCCACCUGGGCCUAGAGUGGCUCUUAGAGGAGUGGGGAGAGGAGGGCGGGCGGGGACCACCUUCAGAGCAGGCCGCCGGCGGUAUCAUGGCGACCCGGAACCCCCCUCCCCAAGAAUAUGAAAGUGAUGACGACUCUUACGAAGUGUUGGAUUUAACUGAGUAUGCAAGAAGACACCAUUGGUGGAAUCGAGUGUUUGGCCACAGUUCCGGACCUAUGGUAGAAAAAUACUCAGUAGCCACUCAGAUUGUAAUGGGUGGAGUGACUGGCUGGUGUGCGGGAUUUUUGUUCCAGAAAGUUGGAAAACUUGCAGCAACUGCAGUAGGUGGUGGCUUUCUUCUCCUUCAGAUUGCCAGUCACAGUGGCUAUGUGCAGAUCGACUGGAAGAGAGUUGAAAAAGAUGUAAACAAAGCAAAAAGACAGAUUAAGAAACGAGCAAAUAAGGCAGCACCUGAAAUCAACAAUAUAAUUGAGGAAGCAACAGAAUUUGUCAAACAGAACAUUGUGAUAUCCAGUGGAUUUGUGGGAGGCUUUUUGCUGGGCCUUGCAUCUUAAGGAUGUGAAUGUUCUAUCACCGUGGAGUCUCCUAUGAGAAGAGAAGUGGUGGCGACAAGGUGGUUUCUCAGCAUUACGCGCUGCCAGAUUCUCCGGGGCAACGAGAAACAACUAGCUGGACGACACCAAACUCACAGCUUAGCAUUUUGCCAUCUGAAGCUUGGCAAACUAGUAUGUGCUGUAAAACAACCUAUAUGGUAUGUGUACAAUAGUGUUCCAGAGCAAAACAUGGCUUUCAGUAUUUUUUUAACAUUUUCAUUUGUUUAGAAAUUAGCCUAUAGAAUAUCACCAUUGGAUGUAGAUAUGGGGAAAAAAAUCUGUUGGAUCUAUUCCCCAGUGAAAUACUAUCCCUUUUAAUUUAAAUAAGAUAUUCUUCAUUGUGCUUUAUAGUAUAGUGCCAAUAAUUAAAAAUUUGUAUUAUAGCUUCAACAUUAGGGCUGACUUUUUUUAAAGAUAAGUUUGCAAUAAAUUGAAGAAUUGUAAUGCCCUUUUGUGGAAGAAUUUAGAAAUCAUAGAAUUAUUAAAGAUAUUGAACAGAUUUAAUGCCAAUUUUUAGGUUGUUUUUUCCUGCAAUUCUUACUUUGCUUACAUAAUAACUGUUGUAAACAGUUUCAAGGAAGGCUCUUCUGAGGAAAUACUGUCUAAUGCUCUUUUUCUUCUUUUUGAUGUCUGUAGUUGUAAAAAUAUCUUCUUGUAUAUAAGCUUCUAAUUUUUUUUAUUAAUUUAUUUAUCCUGGCAGCCUGGACAGAACUAAUGAUUUUGAGAGUACAUACAAUUGGGUCACUAACUUGUUUUAUUAACCUUGAGUGACCCUCCUUUCUCGUUUCUAAAAAUCCUAAUUGUUGUUUUGGCCCCUUCUUCACAAAGUGGUAAAAAUCACUUUAAAAUACUUAGUAGUAUGGUAUGAAUUUACUGUUUGAAGAACAGUGAUUUUCCAUAUAAUCAUGAAAUUGUACCUUAAAGAGAAUUGUCUCCUUGAUGUAGUCUGAGGCGUAAGUGCUAAGGCUCUCAGGUUUUGGUGGCAUUAUGCUGGUUGAACACUAGACCGGUUGACUUGUGUCUCAGGGCCUACAUCACACUGCCUCAGAAGCCCUUUGCGUGGAAAAACUUCUGUAUUGUUUGUUUUGUCCAUAGAGUUCUAGGUCGGAAUUGGGAAAAACAGCAGAACAACAUGUGUUGGAAUCUUCAGAUUGGAAAGACCUUGCAGAUAUCCAGACUGUCUCCUUUUGGGAGGAAGUCCCCAUAGCAUUUUUUAUGUAUUGUAAACAUAAGGCAUUUCAUACUUUCAAGAUUGGUUACAAUCUGUGUGCUUUCAUUACACAAGACUCCUUAAAAUUGAAUGUGCGAUUGAUUUUCGUUUUCUUCCUUUACUCUCAUUAGUGCCUCAGAUACAAUGCUAAAUAAAACUCAGACUUUCUUAAUAUGAA